AUGAACGGUCACCGCAAAUUAACACUUAAUGAAUACCAAACAAAGUUAAGGCAAAUCCAAGAGAAUAGAAGUCCCAAGUCGAAUAAAUUUCACACUCCCUAGCAAAAGGCCAAUUUGGCCUCUCCCAAGAUAUAAGUUGCUGGGAAAUAACAAUAACACAAACUAUUUACAGAUAGAUCCACUUCUACAUAUUAAAAUAUAAAUCUUCCUUUCACUUCUAAAAUGCCGAAGUUGUCUAAGCUACAGUCCUUGGAUGAAGAGUUUAAGCAAUGCGAAACAGCCAAAUUUAAUCCCACGAUUGAGUCUAAAAGCCCAAAAUAAGAAGGGAUAGAUAAAUUAAGGACAUAAUUGAACGAACAAUUUUUAAAGGAAAGCUCGAGUAAUAGAGCAGGUGUUUGUCUCUAAUUUCUUGAACCUACUCUGGUUCACAAUCUCUGUAAUAAUAUCUAAACAAACUUAGUAAACCUAUCUCCCAAAGUCAAGGUAAAUUCGGAGCUUCAUGCAUCGGUUUCUUCAAAAGAUUUAAAUGGUAACACAGCUCUUCAUUUUGCUGCCAGAAAUGGUAAUACACAUCUUGCCCAGGCAUUACUGUACAAAGAUAUACAAAUAGAUGACUAGAAUGAAGAUAAAAUGACACCCUUGCUAAUGAGCGCCUAUUAUGGGAAGUUGGAGACCUUAUAAAUAUUAGUUAACGUUGGAGCUAACAUCAAUCAUCAAGAUAUUCAUGGCAACUCAGCUUUGCAUUAUGCUUGUAAGUUUAAUUUUAAAUCGAUUGUGGAAUUUCUACUCUAAAAAUAACAUCUUGUCUUGUAACAAAAUCUGGAGUAAAAAUAUCCAGAUUAUUACAUUGAAGAUCAAGACAUAGCGUAGAUCUACAAAGAUUAUUAAGAAUAAACAAAAAAAAAACAAACUAAAGAAGUUAUUAUACAAACAACAUAAACAGAAACAAUAUUAAAAAUGUUUUAAAGGAAAAAUAUUAAAUAACAAAAAAACUUAAUUUAAACAAGUAAGUCAUAAAACAACUUGGAUAAAAUACAGGUGCCAUCUCCUAAAAUCAAAUAAUUAUAAACCAAAUUACAAUAACUUGAAUAAUUUAAAACUUAAAUGUAAGGAUUAAAAAGACAAACGACCUUCUCAACCAAUUAUUCUGAAUCUUGUAAAAACAUAAAAGAUGAAGAGGAAAUUUCUCUCUCUUAAUUCUAGAUCCUAGGUUUAAUUGGUAAAGGUAGUUUUGGUCAAGUUUAUCUUGUAAAGAGAUAAAAUUAAUUAUAUGCCAUGAAGGUUUUAGAUAAAUCCAUGAUAUUAAAACACAAUUUGUUUCGUUAUGCUUAGACUGAGAGAAAUGUAUUAUCAAUAACUUCACACCCUUUCAUUGUGAAGUUAAGAUAUGCCUUUCAAACUCCAGAAAAACUCGUAAUGAUUUUAGAUUUUUGUCCAGGAGGAGAUAUGGGGUAACUUUUGGAAGAGAAAAAGAGACUUCCAGAAGCUCAGGCCAAAAAUUACAUUUGUGAAGUAAUCCUUGCUUUGGAAGAUCUACAUUAAAGAGAUAUUAUAUAUAGAGAUUUAAAGCCAGAAAAUAUCGUUAUUGAUGCAGAUGGACAUGCCAUGCUCACUGAUUUUGGACUCUCAAAAGAGGGAAUAUUUGAUGCAAGUCAAGGAGCAAGAUCAUUUUGUGGUUCUGUUGCUUACUUAGCACCUGAAAUGCUUAGAAGACAAGGACAUGGAAAGGCAGUCGAUUGGUAUUUACUUGGAGUAGUCAUGUAUGAACUAUUAGUUGGAGUGCCCCCUUAUUAUGAUAAUGAAAAGGAUUAACUGUUUCACAAUAUUGAACAUGCUAUUCUCAAAAUCCCCUCUUAUAUUUCACCUGAAGGUCGAAACCUCAUUAAAUCACUUCUACAAAGAAAUCCAAUCAAAAGAUUGGGAUCAGGAGUAGGGGACUCGAAGGAAAUCAAAUAACAUCCUUAUUUUUAAGAUGUUGAUUGGGACAAGGUAAAAAACAAAGAGUUGGAGCUUCCUAAACCAACGCGAAAGAUUCGAAUUAAUACACAAACUGGUUAGAAUCUUUUUUAAUAAGAACAUUUAGAACCAUCAUCUCAUAUUCAUGGUUGGUCUUUUGUUCAUGCAGAAUUUUGA